UAAUAGUAUGCGUGUAGGGUUUCGACUGAUAAUGACAAUAUUAUGCUCAUCUCAUAUCUUGAACUACGUGAAGACAACAAUCUAGCGCAGAGGAAUCCAAAGUUGCUAGCUUUUUCUUCUGCCCAUCCAUGACGAUAAAUAGCAGAAUCUCCACUGCAUUCCUUCAGAAUUUCACGAAGCCGCCCCCGGCGUUCUUUCGCUCUGCCGACUGUCUUCGGCUUUCUCCUCAUCGUUCUCUUCUUCUCCGCCGCGCUGACUGAGGCCAGAUGCAGAUUUCCUGCCAUUUUCAACUUUGGGGACUCGAAUUCGGACACCGGAGGUUUCUGGGCGGCGUUUCCGGCUCAGCGAGGUCCCAAUGGGAUGACUUACUUCAAGAAGCCGGUAGGCCGGGCUACAGAUGGAAGAGUGGUGGUUGAUUUCUUAGCUCAGGCUCUAGGCUUGCCAUUUCUGAGCCCUUACUUGCAGUCCAUUGGCUCCAACUUCAGCCAUGGAGCUAAUUUUGCGACGUUGGCUUCGACGGUGCUGCUGCCCAACACCAGCGUAUUUGUAUCAGGGAUAAGUCCCUUCUCCUUGGCGAUUCAGUUCAACCAAAUGAAUGAGUUCAGAGAACUGGUCUUUGAACUGGGCACACAAGAUACUCUUCCUUCAAAGCACAUCUUUGGUAAAGCUCUAUAUACUUUGGACAUCGGCCAGAAUGACUUCACUUCCAAUCUUGCUGCCAUAGGCAUCGAAGGAGUAAAGCAAUAUCUUCCUCAAGUAGCCAACCAAAUUGCUUGGACUAUAAAGGAGCUGUAUAACAUUGAAGGAAGAACAUUCAUGGUGUUCAACCUCGCACCUAUAGGAUGCUACCCUGCUUUCCUAACCCAACUUCCUCACAACAACUCUGAUUUGGAUGAGUAUGGAUGCAUGAUUUCAUACAACAACGCUGUUGUGGAUUAUAACAACUUGCUGAAAGAAACACUGCAGCAGAUUCAAUCUGAGCUUCAGAAUGCUUCAGUGAUAUAUGUGGACACCCAUUCUGUGAAGCUCCAGCUCUAUCAGCAUCCACAAGAUUAUGGGCUUAAACAUGGGACCAAAGCAUGCUGUGGCUCUGGUGGUGGAGCUUAUAACUACAAUCCCCAAGUAUUCUGUGGCAACAACAAGAACAUCAAAGGCAUCAAUGUGACUGCAAAUGCUUGUGGUGAUCCACAAAACUAUGUGAGUUGGGAUGGGAUUCAUGCCACAGAUGCUGCCAACAAAAUCAUAGCAAAUGCCAUACUAAAUGGCUCUCACUUUGACCCCCCUUUCCCUCUCUCCCACCUUUGCAAUCUUAAACCAAUUGGUUGACAUACAAAAUACAUGAUGAAUGUUGGAGAUUUGAAGUGAGAAUGUGUGAAGAAAUUAUGCAAAAUGAUGGAAGAAGUUUGAUUUAUUUGGAUUGGUACAAUAUUUGUAAGAAGUUUCUAGAUACGAUUGUAUUGUUAAGUAAGAUAAUAUUGGAACAAAUACACUAUAUUUGAUAAAAUAAUUGAAUCAAACAAAUCAAAAGAAAUUAUUGUGGUGUUUGAAUUAA